UUGUUUUCAUAGCUUGCUGUAGCAAGCGAUAAGCUUCAUGCAGCUGAUAACGGAAUCAUAUCACAACUUAUGGCAGUCAACCGUAGUCUAAAUAUCAAGAUUAAAGACGUUGAAAAGAUGGAAGGUCCACAAGGACUACCUGGGAUAAAUGGAUCCAUUGGUAAACAAGGACCUCAGGGACCAAAAGGUCCUAUUGGGCCUCAAGGAGCUCAAGGUCUAAAUGGCUCACAAGGGCCCCCUGGACCAGGCAACUUUAGUCUGUGCACCUAUAGCAAGGAGAAAGGAGUGACACACUUGCAAGGAGAUGCAACAAGUGUAACAGUUAAUAAACUUCAGCCAAAUGGUUAUGUUAUCAUUGGACCAUUCUGUUCUACUAUUGGAGCAAAAGAAUACAAUCUGGAAGUACAUAUUCCCCUAAGUGGUGGUAAUCCCAACUAUGAGUGCACUUGCAAGGGUGAGUCUACACUCUUUCCUCCUCAGAAAGAUCCAGAUAACCCUGGAAAUUCAGACAAGAAGGUGAUGUGUUUUCUUCACUAUUGGCUUUGUCCAAAUAGUGUGGAACCACAAGUUGGUUUUCAGCUUUCAAAUAAACAGCUUUAUGACAUGAUUUUAGACCUUCGGAAGAAGAUUGAAGAACUGCAAAAGGCAAAUGUAACGACCAGUGAAAGAAUAAGAGCACAAGAAACUAAAGAAGACUAUGACGUCACCCGUUUGCAGAAGGCAAUCAAUGACACCAUAGACAUGAGCAAAGCAGAUGACAACACUAUCACUACACGACUAGCAGCACAAGAGGCAAAAGAACUGAACGAUGUCAACCUUCUUUAUGCAACUCUAAAUCAAACGAGAGACAAUCUGCAGAAGGCUAUCAAUGACACCAUAGACAUGAGCAAAGCAGAUGACACCACCAUUACUACACGACUAGCAGCACAAGAGACGAAGGAACAGAACGAUAUCGAUGCUGUCUCAAAGAUGCCUGGACCUCCAGGUCCAGCUGGUGCCAACGGUAUUAAUGGAGUCCAGGGUCCACCAGGAGAUCCAGGAGYUGGAAAUCUUUCACAAUGUGUGGUGAUCAGAAGUGCUAGCGCUCCAGAGGCUGUUAAUGCGAGUUCUUCUAAAGUUGUAAACGUGCUUGAGGAAGCGGGGAAAAAGAUCCUACACACCUCAUGUUCAUCCAAUAUAGCAGAUACAGUAGAACAAGACGUAGCAGUCAAUGGUUCUGGCCAGAAAACUUUCUCAUGUACAUGCAGUGGUAGAGGAAGCGGCUACACUGGCUCUACGGGUGGUGACAUGYUAUGUUAUAUAACCUACACGGAAUGCCCCUUAGUUUCCUAAUCACUCUCCAUUUCCAU